CGGCAGUUUUACUCUAGGCAGGCGCGUACUUUGUAAACAGAGCUGAAAUGUUAGCAUGCGUUAGCACCUCUGAGGCGUGUUUUGCUCCUCUUAAAGUUUCUAAACAGUAGUUUUUAUAAGUUUUGACUGACAUUUCUUGUUUCUACGUGUUUUGUUUCUUAAAAAUGAAGUUAGUCAGCUGGUGACAACUUUGAGCCGGCUGCUCGGAGUGACAGCCGCCAGGGAUGCUAGUGCUGCUCCUCCGGAGAGCGUCCUUACUUUUAACCGGUCCUCAUCGGCUCAGCGGCCAGCGGAGGUGGUUCUGUGCGGCGGAGAGUGCCCUUUGGCCGGACACGCAGCAGCAGCAGCAGGAGGAGGCUGAGAUGAUCCGGAACCGGGCGCAGAUUAAGCGGGUCCUGUGUGUGGCCGAGAAGAACGAUGCAGCCAAAGGCAUCAGCGAGAUCAUGUCCGGCGGCAGAGCCAGGAGGAGGGAGGGACUGUCAAAGUUUAAUAAAAUCUACGAGUAUGAAUAUCAUCUCUUCGGUCAGAACGUGACGGUAACAAUGACGUCGGUAUCCGGUCAUUUACUGGGUCUGGAGUUUAAAGCCCCGUUCCAGAAAUGGCACAGCUGUAAUCCUGUGCUGCUGUUUGAUGCAGAGGUGGAGAAGUAUUGUCCAGAUAACAUGACGCAGAUCAAGCGGACGCUGGAGAAGGAGGCGAGGCAGUGCCAGGCGUUGGUCAUCUGGACCGACUGCGACAGGGAGGGAGAAAACAUCGGCUUUGAAAUCAUAGACGUUUGUAAAGCAGUGAAGCCCAAUUUACAAGUCUUUCGUGCAAAGUUUUCUGAGAUCACCCCCAACUCGAUCCGGAGAGCCUGUGAGACGCUGACGGAGCCGGACGCUAACGUCAGCGACGCUGUCGACGUCCGCCAGGAACUGGACCUGAGAAUAGGUGCGUCCUUCACUCGCUUCCAGACGCUUCGGCUGCAGAAGAUCUUUCCCGAGUCUCUGGCCAAUCAGCUGAUCUCCUACGGCAGCUGUCAGUUCCCCACGCUGGGCUUCGUGGUGGAGCGCUUCAAAGCCAUCCAGGCGUUUAUACCCGAGACCUUCUACAAGAUUAAAGUGCUCCAUGAGGUGGAGGAGGACGCCGUGGAGUUCAGCUGGAAAAGAAACCGUCUCUUCAACCACACGGCUUGUUUGGUGCUUUACCAGAUCUGCAUGGAGGAUCCCAUGGCAACAGUCACCUCAGUAACCAGCAAACCCAAGAGUAAAUGGAGGCCGCUGCCUCUGGACACUGUGGAACUGGAGAAGCUGGCGUCUCGUAAGUUGAGAAUAAACGCCAAAGAGACCAUGAAAAUUGCGGAAAAGCUCUAUACUCAAGGAUUUAUCAGCUACCCUCGCACGGAGACCAACAUUUUCCCCGCUAGCCUGGCGCUCGGCCCCCUGGUGGAGCAGCAGACUCAAAGCCCGGUCUGGGGGACGUUUGCCCAACGGGUUCUUGAGCAGCCGGGGGGUCCUAACCCACGGCAGGGCAAGAACUCUGACCAAGCCCACCCUCCCAUACACCCCACAAAGUUCUCCAACACACUGCAGGGAAACGAAGGACGUUUGUACGAGUUCAUUGUCCGACACUUCCUGGCUUGCGUAUCCCAGGAUGCUUUGGGGCAUGAGACGGUGGUGGACAUAGACAUCGCUCAGGAGAAGUUCUCCACGUCGGGGCUCAUGAUCAUCGCGAGGAACUACCUGGACGUUUACCCCUACGACCGGUGGAGCGCCAAGGUGAUUCCAGUGUAUGAACAGAACUCCCAGUUCCAGCCGACGGCCAUCGAGAUGGUGGACGGACAGACGAGUCCUCCUCAGCUGCUCACCGAGGCCGACCUCAUUUCACUGAUGGAGAAACACGGCAUCGGUACGGACGCCACCCACGCGGAUCACAUCGAGACGAUAAAGAGUCGCAUGUACGUGGGUUUGACGGCCGACCAGAGGUUUCUACCGGGGGAGCUCGGCAUGGGACUGGUGGAAGGUUAUAACUCGAUGGGCUACGAGAUGUCGAAGCCGAACCUCCGCUCUGAACUGGAGGCGGAUCUGAAGCUGGUGUCUGAAGGCAGGAAGGACAAACGCAGCGUCCUGCAGCAUCACAUCCAGAAAUACAAGACCGUCUUCAUAGAGUCUGUGAGGAAGGCGAAGAAGUUAGAUGAAGCCCUGACGCCGUAUCUGGGUGCAGCUCACGACGUCCCUGAGGCGGAGCAGCAGGACAUGGACAUCCCUCUACCGGUGAGGAAGUGUCCUCAGUGUGGACGGGACAUGGUGCUGAAGAAGAAGAGGGAGGGAAACAGUAAGUACCUGUCCUGUGUGGGCUACCCGGCCUGUAAGACGGCCGUGUGGUUCCCUGACAUGGUGCUGGACGUCAACAGAGACGACAGCGUUUGUCCCAGCUGUCAACCGAGCCCCAUUCACAUGUUGAAGUUCAAGUUCCGACGGGGCAGCGUCCCUCCCAUGGUGCCUCUGGAAUUUGUUGGCUGCAUUGGCGGCUGUGACGAGAUGCUAAGGGAGGUGCUGGACCUGAAAUACCUCCGGGGGCCUGGAGGUGGUGGUGGUGGUGUUGGAGGAGGAGGAGGAAGAAGAGGAGAUGACCCACCAGCUCCAAGGCCGCCGAGACCAGAGCCACGUAGAACCCCGGGUUCCCUUCCUCGCCCUUCCCUUCCUCCCGUCCCCUCCUGGACUCCGGAGCCAAGACCUCCACCGAGUGGAGGCACCGGGGGUGACGUGAUUGUUUGUAACUGUGGUCAGGAAGGCCUCCUCCUCACCGUACGCAAGGACGGACCCAACCAAGGUCGCCAGUUCUACAAAUGCAACUCUGGAAGCUGCAACUUCUUCCUGUGGGCGGAUCAGCCGAGUCAACGGGAGGCGGCGCCGCCGCCGCCGAGUCGAGGUCCUCCAGCACCGAGAGCUUCCCAGCCUCCGAGAGCCUCUCUGGGGUACACGAACACAUUUGGAGGAGGUAGAGGACAGGAAGUGGGCUCGGGAGGACACGCGGGAGGACACGAGGUGAUGUGCAACUGCAACGAGGCAGCGGUGAUGAGGACGGUGCAGAAGGACGGACCGAACAAAGGACGAAUGUUCCACACCUGUGGGAAACCCAGAGAGCAGCAGUGUGGGUUCUUCCAGUGGGCUGAUGAGAACGUACCUCCACCAGGUGACUUUGGAGGUGGAUUUAAUGGCGGAGGAGACAGAGGGAGGAAGGGGAGGAUGAUCACGGGUGACGCCAACAACAAACCCUCCAAUCCCAGGAAACCUCGAACCUGCGGCAUCUGCCACAUGCCGGGACACACCCGAGUCACCUGCCCUCAGCGCUGACCUCUGACCUCUGACCCCGAAGUAAAGACAGAUUUUAUUCCUGCCUUACCAGAAGGUAAGAGCAACGUUUACUGGAGAGGAAAGGCCUCAUCCAGUUUGCCACGUGUCAGCGGGAGGAACGUGGACGCCAUUUUGUGCCUCACGACUCUCGAAACCGAAACUUUUUCUUAUCUCUCGAGCGUCCUCAGAUCUGAAAUGUGCCCGUCGAGGAUCACUGACUCAGCUCGAGGUCAUUUCGUACGACUGGCACCUCCUCCCGAGCUCACUACAUUAGUGCAUUUCCUGACAACUCGGCUUUUAAACUUCACCACGACCCGAAAGAAGAGAUGUUUCUUCCCCCGCCAGGGGAAGAGUCUCUGGUAGAGAUGCUGCAGAACACACUGAGGUGUUGAACUACUUGAAAGUGCAGAGCAGCUAAUUGGAAAUUUGCUCAGCUGGCCUUGGAUCAAAUGAUUCCCUCAUCCGUUUGAGUUUCUCUUCUGCUCUCGGUCUUCACUGAGAUCAGGAGGAAGCUGCCUUUGUUAGUUUUCAUUUGUGAAAGUUGUUGGAAGAAAGUGCAAAAUGUGGUUUUAGUAAAAAAAAUUAUAUAUAUAUAUAUACAUGAUGCGAAUAAAUGAAGAGACUGGUUGUGGUAUUUUUGUCUUCUGGCAGAAAUGUUGAAUAGAUUUUAAUGUCAACUCUGAUGAAAGCUAAUAAACUUAAACGUGCUUUAGUAUUUGUCUCUGCAGAAAGGA